AUGGCAAAUAGAGUGGUCGAUAAAAAGCAGGCACUGCUAGCCCGUAAAGAAUCAUUGUUAAAAGAGUUACAGUACUAUGAGAAAAGAAUAGAGGAAGAGCGCAAAACAAAAUCGAACUCAAGUUUUUAUGACGAAGACAGCUCAGACUCGGAGCAGGAGUGCAAUAUUGAUAUUGGUCCUUCCAUCGCCGAGCUCAAGUUACAGCAGAGCAUGUUGAAGACCUGCCUCCACGCUACUCAGGAACUCACUAGUGUACAAGUAUUACAAUCAGAAGUCAAUAUUUUGAUUGAGGAUCCAGUUUUUGAAGGCGAGCCUCCAGUCACAGAAGAGGGUGUGUGGAGAGAUGUCAUAGUCGAGUGCAGAGUUGAUCUCGUGCCUUUCUCAAUGAACUUCUACGCACAUAAACCUAACCGUCUUUUCGCGCCCACUUCGUACAGAAACCUGCAAGUGACAGCGGUGAAGGCGGCUCACGAGAAAGAACUUUCCAAAUCCGUUUUGUCCACUGUGACAACACCCAGCGACGCUAUUGAGGUGUUCCGCAGCUAUGCUGCCGCCCACCGCUCCCGGCGAGCAUCUCUGGCGCGUCUAGCGGAGGCCUACGCCGACUCCCUCUAUAUGGAACCCCUGUCGGAAGGCGGGUACAUGUUGAAAUGUGCGAAUCUUCUCGAAGUAUCGUGGACGCUGCAGAACAAGUGGUCGCCUAUCGCGCCCUUCCACCACAAGAUGAAGUUCGACGUGGAGUAUAUGGAUGAAUCAUACAUCAAGAUAAUCACACAAGCGCACAGACAGCUGUCAGACCCGACCCUCGAAACAGACGAACGGACACUUCUACUGUCAAAGAUAAUAAAAACAUGCUUAGAAGCGCAGAAACCCACGCAGGAACUACACGAAAGCUUCGAUUCCGACAGUUUGAAAGAGAAAAGACAAACUCUAGAAGAAGCGGAAGCACCAAUCAAGGAUAAAGAUAGUGAAAUAAUGGCCCCGCCUAAACAUCCGCCUAAAAAAGUAAAAGCUAAAGGCAAAGAGAAUGCCAAUAAAGACAAUAAACGUCCAAUCAAUACUGAAAAUGAAGAAAAUGUUAAAAGAGCUAGACUAGAUUCAAAUAAAGAUGAUAAAAUUGUUAAUACUAAGAAUAAGGUCAGCAACAAAGUUGUUAAAGAGGACGCUAAAGCUAAGAAAACCAAUUUACGCGUUGAUAAAACUGAUAAAAAUGAUAAUAUAUCUAAGAACAGUACAAGUAAUAAAAUAUCACAUGAUGGUAAUGCUAGAGCUAAGAAAUCUAAUUUGCAGGUUGACAAAGUCGAUAAAAAUGAUAAUUCAUCCAAAAAUAGUAAAGCAACACAAGAGUUUAAUGUUGAUAAUGCUAAAACUAAUAAAAUUAAUUCACCAGUCGACAAAGUUGAUCAAAAUAAUGAUAAAUCAAAACCUACAAACAACAAAUUAUCAAAAGGAGUUAUUGAUAAUAAUGCUAAAGCUAAAAAACAUACAGUUAAUGAUAAAACUAAUAAAAAUGAUAAUACAAGUAAACCUGUGAAUAAAGUUAAUGAUGCAACUUCAAUGAAUAAUUUAAAGGAUGAUAUGAAAUCAACUACUAAAAAAGAUGGAAAAGCAUUACCCGAUCCAAAAAAGUCGAAUAAUGUUGCUAGUUCAAAAAACGAUACCAAAAAACAAUUAGAUAGCAAGACUAAUAAAGUUAAAAAAGCCACAACCGUCAAAAAUAUUGAAAGGAAGUCGAAAGGCUUAAGUAAAAUCACUAAGAAUGUCAUAACUUCGAAGAUUCCUCAGAAGAGAUUGUCAUCUGAAAAAUUUAAGAAGAAUCCCUUGAGAAUAAGCCCGAAAAGACCUCAGUCGAAUUCGAACUCCGUGAACGAUAGCUCAAAGACAUCCAUCAGAAGUAUACAGAAAGUUGUUACUAAUAUACCAAGUUCUCCUUCCAUUGUUUGUCAAUACUGUUCGGCACUGAGAUGGAAAGAUGAGUCAAAAGGUUUAUGUUGUUCAAAUGGUAAGGUAAAAUUAGAUGAAAUAGGUGCUCCACCUGAACCUUUAAAUUCUCUACUUGAUGAAAGUCAUCCAAAGCAUACAGAAUUUAUGCGUCAUAUUCGGCGGUAUAAUAAUGCGUUCCAGAUGACUUCAUUCAAAAGUCAACGAGUAGUUGAAAACGGCUUCAUGCCAACAUUUAAAGUCCAGGGCCAGGUUUACCACCUUGCAGGUAGUCUUCUUCCACAAGUUCCUGACGACCAUAAGUUUUUGCAGAUAUAUUUUAUUUCCGAUCCUGAAGUUCAAGCAACGACUCGAUGUAAUAUUAGUAAUAGUAAUUCAAGAACACCACUUGAUAACUCUAUAGUCAGGUCAUUGCAAAACAUGUUGCAUUUGCAUAAUAGAUACGUACAAUCUUUUAAAACUGCAAUGGAAAGUAUCUCUCUCGAUGUCCCAGAUUACAAUGUAGUAAUUCAUGCCAGCAGGGUACCUGACGGUGAACACCGUGGACGGUAUAAUGCUCCUUCUACCAGUGAAGUAGCAGUUGUCAUUGCUGGACAACAAUUUGACAAAAGGGAUAUCGUUCUUCGAAGCCGCGACGAAAAUCUCCACAAAAUUUCCGAACUACAUCGUUCAUAUGACAGUCUUCAAUAUCCAUUGAUGUUUUGUCGAGGUGAAGACGGAUACACAAUUGAUAUUCCCCAAGUUAAUUCAUGUAUGAAUUAUUAUUGCUAUCGUUUAAUGGAACGCCAUAAUCAUUAUAAUGUUUUACUAAGGUACGGAAUGUUACUGAAUCAAUAUGUUGUAGAUCAGUAUGCUAAACUAGAAUCAGAACGUUUAGCUUUUAUACGAAAUAACCAAACACAAUUACGCGCAGAAAAUUAUAUAAACUUACAGGAUGCUUUACAUUCUAAUGAACACACGACAAACAAUAUUGGGCAGCUGGUAAUAUUACCGUCAUCUUUUACUGGCGGACCAAGAUACUUACACGAAAAAACUCAAGAUGCCAUGACCUAUGUCAGGAAUUACGGGAAACCUGACCUCUUCAUUACUAUGACCUGUAAUCCUAAUUGGAAAGAAAUAAAAGAUAAUCUGCAUUCCACCGCAACACCUCAAGACCGAUAUGACAUUUUAAAUCAAUUACCAGACCAAGACGAAGACCCAACAUUGUAUGACAUCGUGGUAAGGAACAUGAUUCACGGACCCUGUGGAGCUUUAAACCCUAACUCGCCAUGCAUGCAUGAGGGAAAAUGUUCAAAAAAAUUCCCAAAACCAUAUCAGAGUCAAACUUCAACUGGUGAUGAUGGCUAUCCAAAGUAUAGAAGAUUAUCACCAGAGGAAGGAGGACGCAAGGCUACUAUUCGUAAUUACGAAAUUGAUAACAGAUGGGUAGUGCCUUACAAUAAACUAUUAUUAAAAAUUUUCGAGGCGCAUGUUAAUGUAGAACUUUGCAGUUCCGUGAAAUCAAUAAAAUAUGUCACUAAAUACAUCAAUAAAGAAAGUGACCAGGCUACGUUUAGUUUACAUUCUACAAAUGAAGUAGAACAAUUUCAAUCUGGCCGCUACAUUUGUAGUUCUGAAGCACUAUGGCGGAUUAUGUCCUUCAAUAUUCAUGAAAGAGCACCAACUGUCACACACCUCGCUGUUCAUUUAGAAAACGGACAGCGGGUGUAUUUCACUGAAAAUAAUGUAAAUGACAUUGUGAAUAAUCCAAGAGAUACUACUUUAACAGCGUUUUUCAAACUAUGUGCAGAGGACGACUUCGCAAAAACUCUGACCUACGACAAGGUGCCUGCCUAUUAUACCUGGAAUCAAAAUACGAAAAAAUUCCAACGACGAAAGCAGGGGGCGGUAGUUCUCGGGUACCCUGGCGUGAGAAAAACAGAUGCUCUUGGAAGGGUUUACGUGGUACACCCUAAUAAUGCAGAAUGUUUUCAUUUGCGGUUGUUACUCCACGUUAUAAAAGGCCCUACUUCGUUUAGAAGUCUCCGCACUUUUGAAGGUGUAACUUACGACACAUUCCAAGGGGCUUGCAAAGCUAUGGGCCUCCUCGAAGAUGACAGUCACUGGGAGAGUACGCUCUCUGAAGCAGCCAUAUGCUGUUCACCAAAAUCACUUAGGUGCCUUUUUGCCAUUAUGAUAUCGUUCUGCCAAAUCACGGACCCGCAUCUUCUUUGGCAAAACUAUCAGGAAAGUAUGUCCGAAGAUAUACUGCAACGCAGACGACAAGAACUGUCAUCAGAUGAUUUAGAGUACGACCAAAAUAUUUUUGAUGAAGCUUUAAAUGAAUUAAAUAAAGAGGUCGAAUCUCUAUCAGGUAAAAGUAUAAAAGAUUUUGGUUUUAACUUGCCGUUAAAUUCAAAUCUUUAUGCAAUGAACAACAUCGAGGAUUUACGAGAGACUGACUAUGAUUACACCCAACUCUUACAGACAAUUCAAGAUGAACAUCGCUUAAAUCCAGAACAAAAAAUUGUUUACGACCAAAUAUUGUCAUCAGUUAAUAGUAAUGAAGGGAAAAUGUUCUUUCUAGAUGCACCCGGGGGCACGGGUAAAACAUUUAUAAUUAAUUUAUUAUUAGCAAAAGUAAGGUCUGACAGAAAAAUUGCUCUUGCCGUGGCGUCGUCCGGUAUUGCAGCCACACUUUUGAAAGGCGGGCGAACUGCACAUUCCACUUUCAAACUACCUUUAAAAAUUUGCAGUGACGAUGUCUCUAGCGUUUGUAACAUCUCAAAACAGAGUAAAACAGGUAAAUUAAUGCAGGAUUGUAGCUUGAUUAUUUGGGACGAAGCUUCCAUGUCCCAUAAAGCAUCAGUUGAGGCAUUAGACAGGACAAUGCGCGAUUUACGCAACAGAAAUUGCCCAAUGGGUGGCUGCACCGUUUUGUUUUCUGGAGACUUUCGUCAAAUUUUGCCAGUCAUAGCAAGGGGGACUAGAGCUGACGAAGAAAGGGCUAUAUUGGCACCUACUAAUGAACAGGUUGAUAAAAUUAAUCAUUUAAUUAUUUCCAAGUUUGAAGCACCAUCACAGAUAUACUAUUCAGUUGAUACAGUUUUGGAUACCGCAGAGGCAGUACAUUAUCCAACUGAAUUUUUGAAUUCUUUAGUUCCUCCCGGAAUUCCUCCACACAAGACUCUUGAAAAAGCCUGCAGCGAAGCCUAA